GACUGUGGACCAAUAGAAAGCCUCAGCUGUUGGUGGACUGGUGAUGCAUCCAAUGGCCUGAGUGUCAGUAGCAGGCUGUCCGUGGUGCGCUGCUGCUGCUGCUCAACACACUGGCCGGGACAGGACAGACCUACAUGGGGGACGCAGGCGACAGCGGCUGGUACCACCGCUCCUACAAUACGGAGGGACAAAUCCGCACUCUGGAGAAAUCUCUAAGGCUUCACGGUGCUCAGCUAGUGGGAAUUGACUUCAUGAAAUAACCGAGCCGAGCAUGAACACAUCGCAUUUGAGUGUCUCCUCCUAUGAGCAUGGACUGACCACAUCCCUCUCUGGAUGAUUUGAUGGGGCUGCUCAGAGUCAUGAUGCCGCCCAAGUUGCAGCUGCUGGCGCUGCUGGCGUUCGCACUGGCCAUGUUCUUCCUGGAGAACCAGAUCCAGAAGCUGGAGGAGUCCCGGGGAAAGCUUGAACGGGCCAUCGCCAGACACGAGGUACGGGAGAUCGAGCAGCGGCACACGCAGGACGGCCUGCGAGAACGAGACUCGUCGGCGUCGGCGCUGUCCGAGAGCGAAGACGACGUGGUCAUCAUCUACAACCGCGUGCCCAAAACGGCCAGCACUUCCUUCACCAACAUCGCCUAUGACCUGUGCGGGAAGAACCACUACCACGUCCUGCACAUCAACACCACCAAGAACAACCCAGUCAUGUCCAUACAGGACCAGGUACGCUUUGUAAAGAAUGUGACUGAAUGGAGGGAAAUGAAGCCAGCUUUCUACCACGGACACGUCUCCUUCCUGGACUUCACCAAGUUUGGGGUAAAGAGGAAACCCAUCUACAUCAACGUGAUCCGGGACCCCAUUGAAAGGCUGGUGUCCUAUUAUUACUUUUUGCGUUUUGGGGACGACUACCGGCCCGGCUUGAGACGCAGGAAACAAGGAGACAAGAAGACGUUUGAUGAAUGUGUAUCAGCUGGCGGCUCAGACUGCGCCCCUGAGAAGCUCUGGCUCCAGAUUCCCUUUUUCUGUGGUCACUACUCUGAAUGCUGGAACGUGGGCAGCCAGUGGGCCCUGGAGCAGGCUAAAUACAACCUGGUGAACGAGUACAUGCUGGUCGGAGUAACAGAGGAGCUGGAAGACUUUGUCAUGAUGCUGGAGGCCGCACUGCCACGCUUCUUCAAAGGAGCCACUGAGCUGUACAAAACAGGGAAGAAAUCCCACCUGAGGAAGACCAGCGAGAAGAAGCCGCCCACCAAGGAGUCCAUCGCCAAGCUGCAGCAGUCGACCAUCUGGAAAAUGGAGAACGAGUUCUAUGAGUUUGCACUGGAGCAGUUCCAGUUUGUCAGAGCUCAUGCUGUCCGAGAAAAGGACGGAGAACUCUACCUGCUGGCACAAAAUUUCUUCUAUGAGAAAAUUUACCCCAAAAACUAGAGAGACAUACGUCCACAGACGGGUUUGGAGUGUUUUGGAGAAGGACUUUGUACAGACUCUCCCGUCCAAUCUUAGACGAGGAAGGGAAGCAGAAGUGAGAGUAACAGACUACUGCCGACUGUGUGGCUGGUUUGUACGUGUGAUUGAGAACAUAACGUGGAGGUGCAGAGCGAUCCGCCCCUGACGCAGCGUUCAGACUGAUGACAGUUCUGUUAUUCACAUCCGUGCCUGCCAACUGGACGUAGCGCUCGUGUUUCGUCCUCAGCAGUGUCAACAGGUUGUGUUCCCAGCAGCUCCUGGGCCUCCACUCGCUUUCACUUUCAUGUCAAAGGUCAUCCGUGCAGAGGGCCUCUGCCGGCACGUGGCCGGAGACGACCAGGGCCAACGGCUGAUUGGCUCUGCCGUCCUCUGACACAGAUAAAACAUCUUCAUUGGCUAUGUACUGUUUGGUUGUGUUUAGUUGUAUUUUAACUCUUUACUAUCGUUGUCUUUUGUAUGUAAAGACAUUUUCAUGGUGGAACGACAUCCCCACGCCUCACCACCACUACUACUAACUUAAAGAGAUUUUAAGUGUAAGAAACUGACUACUGUGCUGUAUUAUUGGACUUGAAUGAGAACUUUUGAGGUUUUUAUGAAAUAAAAAUCCUGUGGCCAUGGACUAUUUACUUGGGCAAGUGCGUAUGUUUUAUACUGUACUUGAUGUGUUUUUGUUUGAUGAAUCUAAUAAAUGUGCAGCUUUGCCCAGA